CCCUGCAUCUUCCUCCUCCGUCUGUUCCGCUGCCACACGAAAACCCUAGCCGCCGCCGCCGCCGCAGAUCAUCUUGAGAUGGGAGGCAAGUGCCCGCACCGCAAGGUCAAGAAGCGCCGCCUCUCGCACAAGACGGCGCGUCGUGGCAAGUUCCUCCUCAAGGCCGACGAUGCCGUCUACGAGGAGCUCGUCAAGCUGGCCGACCAGGGGAAGGAUGCCGAAGCCAAGGAGCUCCCCGUAGACGAGGACCUUCCCGGCAUGGGACAGUUCUACUGCCUCCACUGCGACCGUUACUUUGCAAGCGAGAGCGUGAAGGAUGAGCACUACCGCUCAAAGCGCCACAAGAAAAGGGUGAAGGUAAUGUCUGGACCAGCUCCACACACGCAACUUGACGCGGAACUUGCUGCUGGAAUGGGAAUGCCUGACAAUGGCCUGAAGCUCAUGUCCAUGUGAAGGAACAAGGAACCUCUUGUUAGUUUCUUGCUGUCAUACAUCUGAAGAAGUUGCUUUGCUCAGUAGCUAAUGGAGUUAGUAGAUGGUGUUUAAUGUCCAAGACUUGUUCUAAGAGAGGCUUCAUCAGGAUGAGAGGGAUUUUGGGAGGGUCAGGGGUCAAUGCCUGUAUCAUGAAAUCAGUUACCGAUCAACGAUAAUGGUCUUUAUCAUUUGGCUGCAGAUCGAUCGUGUGUUGUCUAUGAAAUAGAAGUUGGCUUUACAGGCUAUUUGGUUUGAUGGACAAACUUUA